CCAAUUCGUUAGACUUUACUAUAACAAUCGCCAGUAAUCCAGAAACACAUAAUACUCCAAACAUUUCAACCCGCCUGAUCUAAAAUUAACAGAAAAUAGAACGAGAAAAUUUACAUCGGUUAAAUUUUAUAUUUAUUUUUGUUUUUUUUUGUUGUUGUCAAAUCAAAGGAUUUUGAAUCCCGUAAAUUACAAGGUUUAAUGCUUUUUAAAGAGUGCUAGUCAUGCGCUCACUUAACUGUGCGUUUGUGCUGAUGAUCUUUAUGGUCUGCGGCUGUGCGGCAAAGGAGUAUAAGAUAUUCUGCCAAUACGAUUUGGGAUCUUAUUACUACAAGAAUUCAAGCAAGUUCUUUUCCUGGAACAUCGACCUUAGGCUCUGCACGCAUUUGGUCUACGGCACGGCCGUCGGUGUGGAUGGGGAGACGGGCGAAGUGAAGGUCACUGACAGGUAUCUGCUGGUCGAAAAUGACAUGCUGAAUGUCGCACACCGCCUCAAGCGAGAUAAUGUCAAGAAGGUAAUGUUCACGAUCGGCGGAUGGCUGGAGGAGUCGAGCGACUUCUCAAAGAUGGCAGCAGACUCUCGCAAGCGGGAUCGGUUCUUCACCUCACUGAUCGAGUUCAUGUACGAGUGGCGCUUCGACGGGGUCCAGAUUGACUGGCGCUAUCCCACGCAGCGCGGCGGCAAGCCUGAGGAUCGGAGGAACUUUGUCCUGUUGCUGGAGGAGUUGAAGAUAAUUUGCCAGGAGCAUCAAUUUAUUCUGAUGGUGGCCGUUUUGGGGCGUACGGACAAGAGCACCCUUGAAUGGUAUGACAUUCCCAAACUGGUCAAGCAUGUGCAUUAUGUCAACCUGAUGCACCACGACAAUCGGGACCCGUAUCAGAUGCAUCUGGGCUACAACGCCCCGCUCUCUGGCGAAAAUAACGUGAUUGAGUCCGUCAAGCUCUGGAAGAAUCUGGGCAAGGCGCCAGCGAAGCUGAUCAUGAACAUUCCGCUCUUCGUGCGCUCGUACAUCAUGGACAACCACCAGACGACGGUCGGUUCCCCCUGCAAGGGCCCUGGUCUGAAGACACCCAUGACCCGCGAGCCUGGCUUCAUGACCUACGGUGAGUGGUGCAUGUACGCCAGCUCCUGGACGCAGAAAUUUGACGAGCAGGCACAGGUGCCGUAUGCCUACAAGGGCGACCAUUGGAUAAGCUACGAGAAUGCGCGCAGCAUCUGGGCGAAGAUGCAUCUGCUGAAGUCCCACAACCUGGGCGGCGCCAUGGCCUGGACCAUCGAUUCGGAUGACUAUCACGGCAAGUGCGGUGAGAGCCACAGCCUGGGGCGUGUCAUUCUCGCCGCCCUCGGUGACGUCAGUAUUUUGGCUCCCGAGGAAUCUACAACGGAGUCCAUGGGUCUCUGCCCGAAGAAUGGAUUCUUUCGCCAGCUCUGGGAUUGCCAGUACUACUACCAGUGCCAAAAUGGUGAGCGCAUCGACUACGAGUGCCUGCCGGACUACUACUUUGACGAAUCCAGGAUCGAGUGCAUGCCGAAAGCGCAGGUGAAGUGCGACCAGAACUAUGUCACCUGGCGUCCGGGCCAGCCGCUCUACAACUUCGAGAACAUGCCCGUGAAUCUCAAGAUUGUCCACUAGCCCGAACCACAACCAAGUUCCAUGUUUCCCAAAUACAAAACAUCGAAACGGA